AUGUCGCAACCAACUUCUCCAUGGAAUUUCGAUCAAUUUAUGCCAAACAAUAACAACAAUAAUAAAUUAACUUCAAUGAAUUCUCCUAGAAAUAAUGGCAAUAUGAAAACUAAUAAUAAUACAAAUUUCAACAACAGCUCCAUGCUAGGCUUUAAUGACGAUUAUGCCAGUAUCUUAAAUAAUUUGGCAAAUUCAACUCAGAGUAAAUUAUUAAACAAUUCAAAUGCUGCUUCUCCUGACAAUAAUAACAAUAAAACUAACAAUGAUUUAAUUACAAGGGCAACUGGUAACAACAGCGAUAGAGAGAAUCUGGAUAUGUUAAUUCAACAUUAUCAAGGUUUGAUUAAACAACCAACAACCAAUGUUAACAGUCCUCCUACAACCACCACCGCUACCGCUAAUGGUAACGGAUUUAAAGCUUAUAAGUCCAUUAUUCAAGAAACUAAAAUUUGUGAUCACUGUAGAAGAAGGCAAACCAAAUGUGUUGUAGUGCCUAAUUUACAAAGUUGUGUUCAAUGCGAAACAAAAGGUAUCAAAUGUACUUAUUCUGAGAUUCCAGCUACUAAGACUGCCACAGAAUUAGAUCAACUGAAACGUUCAAGGGUUGAUGAAAAUGUUAAUGUUCAUGAAUUAUUAAAAAGAACCAAACUCGAUAAUAAUAAUAAUAAUAAUAAUAAUAAUAAUAAUAAUAAUAAUAAUAAUAACAACAACAACAACAAUAAUGGUAACAAUAAUUCAUCUUCGUUACAAUAUUAUUCAGAAAUGUUACAAAGUAUAGCACCUCCCUCGCAACAACGACAAUAUUUAAAUAAUUUAAGUUUAAACAGUGGUAGUAUCACCAACAACACAAAUAUGACUACGUCAUCUUCUUCGAGUCCUUCAAAUUUACAGUUUAUGAUUAAUAACAGCAACCAAAGCAACACGACUCCUACCACACGAAACCAUCGUAAUAGUGGCAACAGUAGUAUUGGAAAAUUUACCUUAUCAGGAAGCAACUUAGUUAAACAAAACUAUUACAACGGCCAGAUGAACCAACAACAAAUUAUGACCCCUGCUGUUCCUAUCCAAUACCCUAGAUCUUCUUUUUAUGUUGGCCCAACUUCGUUGUUCGACAUUAACCUUGUGAACCAUGUUAAACUAGACAAAAUUGAUCAAAUUCAGAUAUCAAAAACUUUAACUUUACGUAAAGUUGCAUCAACUGUUCAAUUUGUAUUGAGAGAUGAUUUUAACGAAUCUCUGUAUUUGAAACAAGCACAGGAAAUUGACUACGUGGAAAAAUUAGUACAUCCUCACGGUAAAGUCUUGGUUGACAUUUUUUUCAAAAUAAUACAUCCAUAUUUUCCAAUACUACACGAAAGAGUUUUUAUGGAAAAAUAUUCCAGGUCAUAUAGGGAACUAACAGCUCCUCUACUAGCAUCGAUAUAUUCUUUGGCAUUACAGUGGUGGGACUUCCAUCCGCAGCUAGUAGGCUUUCCCAGGCCAAAUGUGCAAGAUGAGCUAAAUUCGAUUUCACUGAGGAUGUUUUUUGAUGUUAUAGAGAGACCUAAAUUGAGUAUUGUUCAAACUGGGCUAUUGAUUUUAAUGUGCAGGGCAGACUCCACCAAUAAUUGGGUUAUUGUAUCAGAAGUUGUUGCCCUUGCGGAGGAAUUGGGGUUGGGUGUAGAUUGUCAAGAUUGGAGACUACCCAGAUGGGAAAGAGGAUUAAGACGUAGAUUGGCAUGGGCUGUAUGGGCUAUGGAUAAGUGGAUUUCUUUACUAGAGGGACGUUACUCACAUUUGAUAUUGGGGAGAAACUGGCUAGUUAAAAUGUUGGGAGAGGAAGAUUUCCCAGAAGAUUCACCCACCAUGGAUUCUGUAAACCAGGGAAAUAGUAGCAAUAAUCAAAAAUCUAUAUUCAGCGCACAAUCCCCCAGUUUUGCAUCAUUGAUGGACUUGACACCCACAGCCGAUGAUAUCAAUAAUGGUAAGCUUUUAUUUCAGCAAUAUGUUUCAUUAAGUAUCAUUUUGGGUGAGAUUCUAGACACUUUUUACACUUUAGGUGCCUUAGCCACAACGAAUAGGGUGGAAUAUGUAUUGAAAUUGGCCAAACCCUUACAAUUAAAGUUAAGAGAAUGGUACCAUUCAUUACCCCCUCAACUGUCUAUCAACAAUUUUCAAGCCAAAAAAUUCAACAGCAAUGCGUCUUUAACGUUAGCCUAUUUUGCUGCUGAAAUAACUCUACACAGGAAAAUCAUUAGUACUUUAGAUUCUAACACACCCAAGGAAUUAACGCAUGUUUGUAGACAAGCUGCUAAGACAAGACUAGCUGCAGCAAUUGAGUUUAUUUGUGAAUUAAAAAGCGAACAUACCAAUGCAUUUUGGUAUUCAAGUUCCACGGGUAAUUUGGCUUUGAUGGGCACUUUUGCCGCAUUACUAUAUGUUACAUCCACCACCAAAGAGGAAGCUUUGGAAUUUAGAGAUUAUUUGAGAAAAUACGUUUGGGUUUUAAGAAUCACUUCGAAAAGUUUUGAAAAAGCUAAAUUUGCAUUGGAUAGAAUAUUAAUGUUGUUGAUACAAAUUCCAGGUUUAUUGACGGAUGAGCCUUUGACAGUGGGUGGAGCAGUUCCUGCCUCAUCGGUUGCUGGUUCUCCGCAAUCCACAAAUCAAAACAAUUUUGUGCCGCUGCCACCUUCUCGUGUUCAAACUCCAAGUACGCGUGCACAUAGCAAUAUUCCUAAUCGUGUUUCUUCUACUAUUAAUAAUGAUAACCAAUUGAAUAAUGUGUUAUUAUCCUCAUCAUCUAAUAUGAAUAUGCCAAUAUCAGCACCUUCUGUUUUGCCACAACAGCAACUUAAUUCUCCAAUGUUGGUUGAACAACAACAAUCGCAGUAUAAAACGAAAAAUGCUUUUGCAACUGUUGCCAAUAAUACGAAUACCAACACGGCCAUUAAUAAUAACAAUAAAACUAAAAUUAAUUUUACUGACAAUGAUAAUAUUACAUAUGACCCAAACAAUUACGAUAACAGUACUCAUACAGCAAAAUCUGCACCUGAUAAAAUAUCUAUGGAUAAAUUAAAAAAUUUGUCUCCUGAAGUUUUGGAGACUUUGAGAAGUUUACAAGAUAACGUUCCCGGUUUAAGUGAUUUUAUUGCUGCUGCCACUACUGCUGCCACUACCACUGCCACUACCACUAGCAACAUUACAAAUAACGAUAGUGCUAUGGUUAAUAAUUGUAAGACACAGGAUAAUAUUCGUUCAGGGUCGAAUAUUUCUAAUUUUUCUGCUUUAAGUCCAAAAAAAAAUAGUAACCAUAAUAAUAUUAAUACUAAUAUCACCAAUAGUAAUAAUAGCAAUGAUACGGACAACAAUGAUAGCAAUGAUAUUAACAACAAUGACAACAACAAUGACAACAACAACAACAACAACAAUAAUAAUAACAGUAGCACUAAAAAUGACAACAAUAACAUUAAUGAUAGUGACAACAAAAACACUGCUGCCUCUAUUACCAGUACUACUGAUAAUCAUCUAAAUAAAACCAAUGAUGUUACUAAUAAAAAUAGCGAUAAAAAUACUAACAUUCUGAUGAAUGAAGUUUCAAAAACACCUACUUCGACAAGUGAUUCUACUAACAUAAACGAUAAGGUUAAUGAAGAUAAUAAUAAUAAUGAUAACAUUAGUUGUGAUAAAAAGGAUACUGAUAGACAUAGCGAUAGUGGCAUCUCUAAAAAUAGCAAUGCUAGUUCUAGCAAUGAAUUCCAAAAAUCCGGUGAUUCUAACCAAGCAUCGAUACCCACACCAACUAUUUCUAAUUCUAAUUCAACCCCUGAAGGCAAAUCGAAGGACGUAACUAAUCCUAUUGAUGACUGA